AUGACCACCGGCACGCUCCAAGGCCAACUCGACCAGAUCGUCGAGCACUUCAAGGCGGUGGCGCCAGAAUCGGUGCGCAGCGUCAUCUUCAAAGCCACCGACGACUUCGCGGCGUCGUUCGACCCCAAGUCGACCAUCCAGGUGGGCGACACGCUGCCGGCGUUCAGCCUCACCGACGCCGUGGGCAAGCAGGUGCGCAGCGCCGACCUCCUCGCCAAGGGCCGCGGCAUCGUCGUCACCUUCUACCGCGGCGAGUGGUGCCCGUUCUGCAACCUGGCGCUGGCGGCGCUGCAGAAGCGCCUCGCCGACUUCGAGGCCCGCGGGGUCACGCUGGUCGCCGUCACGCCCGAGCUGCCCACCAGCGCGCUGUCGACCGUGGAGAAGAACGAGCUCAAGUUCGCCGUCCUGUCAGACGUGGGCAACAAGUACGCCGCCGAGCUGGGGAUCGUGUGGGUCCAGCCGGACUCGCUGAGGGAGCCGUUUGCAAAGUUCGGCCACGACCUCGAGAAGCGCAACGGAGACGAUUCGUUUGCCGUGCCGAUCCCAGCCACCCUGUUGGUCAACUCGAGUGGAAAGGUGCGCAACACCUUUAUCGACCCGGACUACAAAAAGAGGGUAGAGCCAAGUCAGGUUCUGGAGUGGAUCGAUGCGCUUUGA